AUGUCGUCCACCUUGAAACCGGCCGGGAAGAAUGGAAAACUGACUGCGCCGGUUGGCUUUGUCACAUUUGAAUCACGUGAGCAGGCAGAGGAAGCCAUGUCUAAACUGCAGGGCGUGAAAUUUGAUCCCGAGGGAAAUCAGCACAUGCGGUUGGAGUUCGCACGCACCAACACCAAAGUUACUAAGCCCAAAUUUGUCGGACCAAAUCAAUUUCCCGGAGCGAUCGGAGUGACAAUGAAUACACAUCACGUACAGCCGGGGUUGGCUCAACACACAGCCAUGACCGGUUGUCCGAGCGGCUUGGUAGCCGGUGGUUUGCCGGGUAUUAUGGCGGGGUUACAGCCGUCCCUAUUCUCCCAACUAGUUUCUGCCGGGGGAGCUGCAGGCUUUGAACCGUCCGCAGCCGUGUUUACUACUCCGGAUCCGGCAACCGCUGCAGCUGCCGCAGCUGCUGCCGCCGCAGCUGCUGCCCAGUGGACACCAUUGCACGGCGCUGCUCCGAUGGCCUCGGUAUAUGAGAAUGCGACCUAUUUGGCCUCUGCUGCAGGUUUACUUCAGGCUAACAAUUUUCGGGCCAUCCUUCCUGGGAAUCUCAGUCCGGCUGCGGGAUUUAACUUACCCGUUGCAACAACUACAACGAACACACCCAGUCUUCAAAUGGUCCAAGCCGCGAUUGCUCAAGCCAAUGCUGUCGCCGCAUUAGGCGGGGCAGCUUCUGCAUCGGCCAUAUCCCCACCACAUCUGCACGCUCAACACAUUCCGCUCUCACCAAACCUGAACGUGGGUGGAUGUGGCACAACAACAACAACACCAGCCCAACUGUCCACAUCAAGCCCGAAUGGGUCACGUGCCUCGCCAAUCACGGUAACUCGGUCAAUCCAACAGGUC